AAUUUAUUUAUUAUAAACUGUAAUUAUAACACGGUGACUUAACCUAAUUAACCAAAUAUUGAAAAAUAAAACACCUUUUUUACCAUUCCCUUCCCUUCCCUUCCCUUGCUUUCUCUUCUUUUCCUAAAAAAACACAGUAAAUAGUUACCUCCAGGAAUUCGUCCACCUCCUGUUGCAGAUGGGCAAAACCAAUUUGAUUCUGGGUUUAAAGUCACUCAAAAAGGGUAAAUUUUCUUUCUUUCUCUCUUACCCAGAAAUUUCUACCUUUCAAUUUCACUUUCGAAAUUUUGAUAAAACCCAUUUCUUGUAUAAAAUUUCUGCAAAUGGGUUUCAUUCUAAUUCUAUUAUUAGUAACUCUGAAAGUAGUGUAGCUAGUUUUGAAUGCUUCAUAAACAUAUUUGAUAAGCUGAUUAAUGAUCGGCCUUUACCUCCCAUUGCCACAUUUACUUCAAUUUUGAAAUCAAUUCUUAAAGUUAGACAUUAUUCUGCUGCAAUUCCCCUCUUUAAGAAGUUGUGUUUGUUGCAUGAUCAAAUUUUGCCUGAUUUGUGUGCUCUGAACAUGAAUAUUGAGUGUUAUUGCCGCUUAAAUCAAGUCGAUUUGGGGUUUUCUCUUCUGGGUAAGAUCAUCAAGCUAGGUUAUGAGCCUGACAUUGUAACAUUCACCAAUUUGAUUCAUGGAUUAUGUGCAAUCAAGAAUAGUGUUGAUGCUGUUAAGCUUUUUCACAGAGUUAUUGAUCUGGGUUUACAGCUGGAUUUAUAUACUUAUGGAGCUUUAAUUAAGUGUUUGUUUAAAACCGGGCGAAAUGCUGAUGCAUUGAAGUUGCUUAGGAUGAGAAGACUAAUGGGUUGCAAACCCGAUAUUGGAAUAUAUCAUAUGAUUAUGUAUGGCUUUUGUAAGGACAACCUAUUGUCUCAGGCUUCGGAACUAUUCUCUGAAAUGAUCAGUGAUGGUGUCUUGCCUACUGUAACCACUUACAACCUGUUAAUAUGGGGACACGGUAAGUUGGGGCAAUGAGAUGAGGUAUGGAGGUUAUUGCGAGAAAUGAUUGAUGCCGGAAUUUCACCUAAUAUAUACUCGUAUAAUAUUUUAAUCGGUAGGCUUAGUAAAGAAGGGAGGAUGAAAGAAGUGGAGUGUGUUUUUGAUAUGAUGAUCGAUUCUUGUCAAGUUCCAAAUACUGUCACUUACAACUCGUUGAUUGAUGGAUAUUGUAAGAAUGGUUUGAUUGGUAAAGCAAGGCAGACUUUUGACACUAUGCUUGAUACGGGUUGUACACCUAAUGUUGUAACCUACAGCUCCUUGAUUGAUGGAUAUUGUAAGGAAGGCUUGAUCGAUAAAGCAAUGCAGACUUUUGACACUAUGCUUGAUACGGGUUGUACACCUAAUGUUGUAACCUACAACUCCUUGAUCGAUGGAUAUUGUAAGAAAGGUUUGAUCGAUAAAGCAAUGCUGACUUUUGACACUAUGCUUGAUAUGGGUUGUACACCUGAUGUUGUAACCUACAACUCCUUGAUCGAUGGAUAUUGUAAGAAAGGUUUGAUGGAUGAAGCACUGCAGAUUCUGGAUACUAUGCUUAGUAAGGGUUGUGCACCUAAUGUUGUAACCUACAGCUCCUUGAUUGAUGGAUAUUGUAAGAAAGGUUUGAUGGAUGAAGCACUGCAGAUUCUGGAUACUAUGCUUAGUAAGGGUUGUGCACCUAAUGUUGUAACCUACAACUCCUUGAUCGAUGGAUAUUGUAAGAAGGGUUUGAUCGAUAAAGCAAUGCAGACUUUUGCCACUAUGCUUGAUAUGGGUUUUACACCUGAUGUUGUAACCUAUAGCUCCUUGUUCGAUGGAUAUUGUAAGAAAGGUUUGAUGGAUGAAGCACUGCAGAUUCUGGACACUAUGCUUAGUAAGGGUUGUGCACCUAAUGUUGUAACCUACUGCUCCUUGAUUAAUGGAUUUUGUAAGCAAAGAGGGAUGGAUGAUGCCAUGCGUCUAUUUAAAGAGAUGUCUAGUAAAUGGCAAACUCCAGAUGCAAUCACUUACACUUAAAGGAUUUUGCAAGGUCAAAGAAGUCAGAAUCGCGCUUUCUCUUUUUUGUAAGAUGCAAACUAGUGGUGAUGUUCCUGAUCUUGUCAUUUAUAAUAUUUUGUUACAUGGUCUUUGCAAAGACCAUCAGCCUAAAGAUGCUAUAUAACUCCUCAGGGAGAUGAUCGAUCA